AUGAUGAUGGCCAGUGCGAAAUUGGUACGGGAAUGCAGCUCGGAUUUGGGUUCAGACGUACGAUCUUUGUCGGUGGCUUCCUCAUCGGAGGAGCAGGAGUCUACCACAGCAACAGAGUCCGAUUAUUCUGAGGAGGAAAAGGAAUACGAAUUGGAUGAUUUGCAGAUUUUGAAAACGAUUGGUACCGGCACAUUCGGUCGCGUAUGCUUGUGUCGGGAUAAGGCUGCGGAUGAAUACUUGGCGAUGAAGAUCCUUUCAAUGGCCGACGUGAUUCGCCUUAAACAAGUUGAUCACGUCAUGAAUGAGAAAAACAUACUGGCCGAAAUAAAUCAUCCCUUUAUAGUGAAUUUGCGAUGGUGGACCCACGACGACUCUUGCCUCUACAUGUUGUUCGAAUACGUAUGCGGCGGUGAGCUAUUCUCUUAUUUGAGAAACGCUGGGAGGUUCAGCAACAACAUAGGAAACUUCUACGCAGCGGAGAUAGUGUCGGCUCUUGAAUACCUCCACGCUCGGAAUAUUGUGUACAGAGAUCUUAAGCCGGAAAAUCUGCUGCUAGCGAAAGAUGGCCACCUUAAGAUAACAGAUUUUGGAUUCGCGAAAAAACUGACAGACCGCACAUGGACUCUAUGUGGAACGCCAGAGUACCUAGCCCCUGAAAUUAUACAGAGUAAAGGACACAAUAAAGCCGUAGACUGGUGGGCCCUAGGCGUACUGAUUUAUGAAAUGUUGGUCGGCUACCCGCCUUUUUACGACGAUAACCCGUUCGGAAUAUAUGAGAAGAUCCUUAACGGGAGAGUUGACUGGCCUCGACACCUCGAUCCCAUUGCCAAGGACCUUAUUAAGAAGCUUUUAGUUCAAGACAGGACAAAAAGGCUCGGCAAUAUGAAGUGUGGAUCUGAAGACGUUAAGAGGCACAGAUGGUUUAAGAAUUUGGAUUGGGCAGAUGUGUUUAUGAAGAAGUUACAGCCACCUAUCAUGCCGACGGUGUCAUACGAAGGGGACACUUCGAACUUCGACGAAUAUCCGGAGACCGAUUGGAAAGCGGCGAGGGCGCUCGACCCUGAUGAGCUCAAGCUCUUCGCAAACUUU